AUGCCUCCUCUCAGAUCGAAUCGGGACAGUGGGCUGGCCGCCUUGGCCUGUACCGAGUGCAGGAAGCAACACCUGAAAUGUGACGCUAGCAAGCCUUCUUGCUCGCGGUGUUCGCAGAGCGGCCUCCUCUGCCAGUACCUGCCUUCGCGACGCGGCGGACGCAGAAAGCCACGUCACGACUCGAUGUCGCAAUAUCAAACUCCAAUUCGUAGAAAUGAGCUCAGUGUCAGUAUUACCUGUCUUUGGAUGGAGAACAAGACAAUAACAGAAGGCGAGGCCGCCAGUAGUCCCCGACUUCAACUCUCCCAGCUAGCAGUUCAGCUCCGACUAAUGGGCACGAGAAUGCGCCGUCGCAAGGACGCUCGCAUCCUGAUUUUGGAAGCAUCUCAUGGCCUACAUCUCUUCCUCAAAACGGCACCGGCCAGAAUGGUCUCGGUCAUCAAUGCCGAGCGGGAGAUUUCGAUGAUCGCUUCCUCCGGUUAUCGGUCGCCAUGCAUGGUCCAAGCCUGGUUGAUUUACUCCAUUGCUUUGUACGCACGGGGGGAGCAGGAGAAAGCCCAAGAAGCGUUCUCACAUAGCACCGAAGUAGCAUUCGAGUUAGGGAUGAACCGAUGGGUGUUUGCGUCAACCUCGCAGUCUGAUAGAUCGACUGAGGCGGAGAGCAUAAGACGAACGUGGUGGGAGUUGUAUAUCACGGACAUCUUCAUGGCAGUCCAACUGAAGAACAUUACUUUUCGCUGUAGCGGCGUCACCCCGGAGGUGGGAUUGCCAUGUGAAGACUCGGUCUAUGCCGCAGGAUGUGAUGUCCCGACGCCGCGUAGGAUGCUCGAUUUCAAGCGGCGGGUGUUUGCGGAGGAAGAGACGGUUUUUUCAUCCUUCAGCUAUCGCAUCGAGGCUGCGACAAUUCUCUGCAGAGUUCUGGUCUUGAACCGAUUACGCGACUACCACCGCGACCACCUACAAGCCAUCGAGAACGCCCUCGUGAGCUGGGUCAAUCAUCUCCCACCGAAAAAGCUGGAUAUCGUGGACUCAUAUGGGAAUGUCGACGAGAUGAUGUUCCAAGCACACUUGAUCAUUUCCUAUGCUGCCAUGUUGCUUCAUCUGCCACGAAGUGACCUGCAGCCCUUGCUAGCCCAGCCAGACGAUCGCUUCUGGCCUUCCGCGACCUGCCAUCUCUCAUCAACCUUUACUCGCCUCGUCCAUAGUAUCAAAGCUACUGAAGCAUCACGGCGAAUAUCUGACUCGAUCUCAGUGUGCCCUAACAUCCAGAAACAUUCUCCAUUCGUGAUUUCCGCCUUAGCGCUUUGCGGAAUGAUCCAACUCGCCACAUCGAUCAGCCACUCCGAAGAAUGUUUCGAUCACCACUGCAACCGCGUCACGUUAAUCCUUGGGUGUUUGAAAAGCACGAAGCGAACCUGGAACUCUGCGGAAUCCGCAUACCAUUGCUUGCGGUCGUCUGCAGCUGAUAUUCUUUCCGAUUCGAUUGAAAGAUGGAAUGCAGGACCGCUGGAGAAGAUCGUCCCGUCCCAAGCCACCCCGAAUGACCUGGAAAGGACAGCCCAAGGGGUGCCCGCGGUGACAACAAUUGCCGAGGGACAGAGUCUUCUGGCGCCAGAGCUUGCACCGGCAUUCAUUGAUCCGACGUGCUACAAUGCCUCGUUCUUUAAUUGUCUGGCAGAAUUCGAUAUUAAUUGA